CAGGAAGAGGUCUUGCAAUCCAAAUGGGGGGGUUAAGUAGGGUAUGAUUCAAGAGUGUACAUUAGGGUCCGCCAUGUAGGGUCCGCCAUGUCUCGAGGCGGACCGAGGCAGCCGAACCUUUUUCGUUCCUUCCCCUCCUGGUCGGGUAGCCAGGACACCCAGAUGGUCGGAUGGUCCUGGUACGUGAUUCUUCCAUAUUCUUCCAGUCCAAGUGGCCUCUCCGCCGCCAUGUGGCUCAGCCCCGCGGCGGAGCAGCGGUUUUCAGCGGAAACGCCGCCCUCAGACUCCAGCGCGUGGCCAUCCUGGACCACCAGCGGCCCCAUGCGUGGGAACAAACACACGGGGCGGAAGCAUAAGAACCAAAACAAGAAGACGAGGGCCUCCGUGAUUGCGAAGAAGAGGCGGAACAAGGACAUUGACCAGGUACAUGAAGAUUUGAAGGCGCCGGAGAACUUCCAGCCGGGCGCACUGCCGCGAGACGAAGACUUGCCUGGCAUGGGGCAGUUCUACUGCAUCGCAUGCAAUCGCUUCUUCUCCUCACAGGAGGUCAAGGACAAACAUGAACGCUCGAAGUUGCACAAGAGGAGAUUGCAGAAGGCAUCGGACCAUCCCCAUACUCAGCAUGAUGCUGAGAUGGCAGUGGGAUUAGCAACUGAGCGGUGAACGUGCGGGACGAUUUAGUCCAGACGUUUCACUUUAGGGGAUGCACAAGGCAUGAGUUC